CAGGCUCAAAUAAGGGGGGUGGGAACUACCUAAAAAGCGCCAAUGUCUUUUCUUUGCAUCUAAUACUUUUCCCUCAACACGGUCAAAUACCAUGAUGACAUCGCUAAACUUCGUUUCACUUACUUGCUUCCACUUCCACGUUUUAGGCCUACGUUUAUCUUAUCAACAACAAUGGCGGCGCCCAGGGGGACGAAUCGUCAGCUAUCGCCGGCUUUACUCAGAAAUUGCAUAUUAGUACUUUGUUUUAUUGGGUUAUGCAUAUCAUUGUUUGCUCUUUAUGUGGAGGUCAUCAAAGAAAAAAACCCAGACUAUGUUGCUCUUUGUGAUGUAAACAGCUAUAUGACAUGUUCCAGAGUUUUGACUUCCAGGUACGCAAAGGGAUUCGGACUGGUGGAAAAGAUCUUCUCCAAUACUAGCAUCGUGAAUCAACCAAACACAGUGUUUGGCCUGGCCUUUUACACUUUUCAAGCUAGUUUAGCGACCCGCUCAUCCGUUCCUUCAGCACUAGGUCUCACAGUGGGAAGUGCCUUUGCUAAUGUUGGGUCAAUAUACUUGGGCUACAUUCUGGCGUUCGUCCUGAAAGAUUUCUGCAUUGUUUGUGUUUCGACGUACGUUGUGAAUUUCCUUUUGCUGGUGGCCAGUGCGUUGAAGCUGAAGGAAGCAGCGAGAGCAGAGAUAAAGGAGAUAUCAAAGAAGAAGAAAUGAAACAGUUUAAGGGAAGCAAUUGUGGCCUUGGUGGAGGUUGAGACUAUAUUCAGUUUUCUCUUUUUUUUCUGAGUCUGUGUGUUUUGUGUGACUGAAAACUUUUUGAAGAGCCUGAACUUGCAUUUUUGAAAGUCGUCAAAGGUAGUAAAAGAUAUUGUAGUUAGUUUCAGAUGUGUUACUGUUAUGUGUGAUCAAGCGAGCUAUAAAACUUUGUGAGAUAUGGCAUGUACCUUGUAUGGGCUUGAAAUAAGGAUGUGCCUUGUGAAGAAUGUCAUCUUAUUCUAAGAUAACUUGUAAUGUAGAGGUCAAAAAGAGGAAACAGCAGACGCUUAAUAAAAAUAAAAGGUAUGUCAUGUGAUUAAAAUUAAAACAUAAUAAUAAUUUGGUGUGUGUUAAGUUACACUUACUCACAACAGUUGCAGCUUUACCUUGUUUUAAAAAACAUUUUUUUACGUAUAUUAACUAUUUUAUAAGUAUGAAGGCUUUAAGUUGGAUGUACCAUUAAAGAAAAAGAUUAAAUUUGUUAAUGUAAUGAUUACAUCCUCAUUUUGAUAAGAAGAGUAUUUACUUUCAUUAGCUGUUUGCUGUCCUAAGAUAACAUUAAUUUUGUAUUCUGUUGAGCAAACUGAUAUAAUAUCUACUCAGGCUCUUCUUUUCUGGAAUGCUUGUUAUUUUAAAAAAAUAGUUAUUAGAUUUGCCAUUGUCUGAUGUUAGUACUGGUAUCAAUAGUCAAUAGUCUAGACUGAUACAACUACUAAGAGCAUACUCUAAUUUUAUAUAUUCACCUAAA